GAUGCAAAGAGUGUAGUAACCAAGCCCUCUUCAGAUGUUGAAUAAAAGAUGCUAUACCUGAAUACAGCGUCUAAAGCAGGGUUGGAAGUCCUACCUUGGCCCCAUCACUCAUCCUCUCAGGUACCACUCAUGUAUAUCCUGGCGUUCAUCUGAAGAGGUGAACACCAUAUCCUUGAAUCAGGAGCAGCCCAUUCUAACAAGCUGGGAGGCGGGACUGAACAAGAUGCAGAUGCCUCCAGUUCCCGGCAGCUCCAUUGCUUCUUUCCCUCUCUCAUUUCAGCUUGCCUAGAGUUAAUGAGAGCUGCGUUGCUUGCAAGCUGGCCAUUCAUCAGGUACAGCUGUGCAGGCUGGUCAAUGAUUAACCAGCCCACACAGCCAUAUCACAGAAACAUCUGCAUUCAUGAAUACUGAAUGUAUUGUAUUCAGUAUCAGUGAAUACAACUGGCUCUCAAGUGUUUAAGUGCACACAUUACUCUUUUCCAGUCAUUAUUCUCUGACAAAAUAAAUGUGCAUAGAUGGAGGAAGAAGAGGCAUUGUGGUGGCAGGCUUCUUUCUUCAUGCAUUUGUUUCAGCAUCUGAAAUGAGCCUACUCAUGUACAGGUGUGUGCUUGUACAGACAUUGAAACAAGUGCAUGUAAGUCAGGGGCGGACCUUGCUGCUGAAAUGCCCCCUCACUUUCAUUUCUCCACAUACUAAUGUCUGGAAAGAGCUAUUGUGGAAAGUUAUCACCUAGUAAAUGACCUGUGUGCAUUCACCCUCUGCUCCAUGUGUAAGUGAGGUAGCUUAUCUUACAGAUAUGGCUACAAUCUAUCCAUCUCCCUCAGAACCUGUGGUUCCUAGAUUUACUCCAUGCAAUUGUAGCUGCUUAGUCUGGGCAUACAUUUUGAUAUUACAAAAGCCAAGAUGCAAUAUGUAUGAAAGCAGACUUCCCCCCUCUGCAGACAGGAGCAUUUCUAUUUUUUGUAGAGCAGUGAUGCUAUUUAGCACUGAUUAUAUUUAUAUUUCUUUAGCACUGAUGAUAUUUUAUACGCCAGGCCUUGUCAUUUUCUAUAAGCAGAAGCCGAACAAAAUUGCCCUUGACCGUAGCAAAUAAACAUAGGGGAGAACGGGUUUGCACAGCUUCAGCUAGCCCGUAGCUACAGACCUUUUGUGGAGAUUCUGUAAGUUACUGAGCCUUGAUCAGCCAGACUCUCUUAGAUGUGUGUUUAAAAACAAUUAAGUGUUUUCCUUGCUAGCGGUGAUGUCUGCAAACAGAUCAAAGUACAAUGUGUCCUUAGUAGUGAUUCGAUAAGGUCUGAAAGGGUCUCUUUCAGACUCAAGGAACUGGCUGCCUCAUCAGCAACAAAACUUCAACAAAUAAAAUCCAAUCAUUAACCCACGUUCACUGCACCCUUCUCAUGUACUGAAGGGGAAGCAUUAAGAAUGCAAGCUCCUCUAGGAAGUCAUAAAGGGAGUUCCAGAUCCUCCCUCUACUCAAUAAAGGCUGGAGGGAAAGGGGGACUGUUUGCCAGGUGUAGAUCACGUACUAUAGAAUUACAGUCAGAUGUGCUGCUUGCACUCUGUGAUUUUUCUGGAGCUAAGUUAUUACAAGUUUGCUGGAACGGUGCUGAUAAAAGCUCCUUUGACUCGAAAAGAGAAACAAAAAGAAGAAAGGCUUCUGAUUAUAUAUUUGCUGUAAAUCAUCUGGGUGGGUCUAACUGGGGACUUGAAAACAAAGGAAACUGGGAAGGAUAGAUCUGGUUUUGCAAGCAAGAACAGUAGUUUCCCGGAGUGUUUUUUGCACAGCCAGCUAAAGUCAACAUGAAACUUCAGCAUUUUAGAGUGAUGAUUUCGGUUCCUAACUACAGAUUUCCAAAGCCAGAAGGGAGACUCUGCUUGAAUGGUGGGUCCUAGAUCAGAUGUGCUUCAUCCUCGACUUGCUUUGUGUUCUACAACAGUGAAGAAGAAAGGGAGGUCUGCUACCUUUUACCCAUUAGAAACUCAGUCCUUGCUCCUUUCGGUGGAUCAGACACAGAGGACAGCAUACAAAGAGCAGUAUGGAGCCUGUGGAUACCAGCACAGAGAUGGCAUUGCUCAGCAACAUCCUAGCAGCAUAUUCAUUUAUUACAGAAAACCCUGAGCGUGCAGCUCUGUAUUUUGUCUCUGGCAUUUGUCUUGGACUCCUCCUAACCUUGAUGGCUUUGGUGCUCCGAGUCUCCUGCCGAACUGACUGCAAACUAUCACCAGCAAAAAAGCCACUGCGGGACAGUGACAGUGAGAGCAGCGAUAAUGACUCGGAAACCAUAUCUGACCUCUCUGCUAGGCGGCACCGCAGGUUUGAGAGGACUCUGAACAUGAAUGUUUUCACCUCAGCUGAGGAGCUGGAGAGAGCUCAAAGACUAGAAGAAAGGGAGCGCAUCAUCCGGGAGAUAUGGAUGAAUGGGCAGCCAGACAUCCCAGGGACCAGAAGCCUGAAUCACUAUUACUAAUGGCUAGCAAAUCCUACCAUCGAGAUCUGCAGCCAGAGUGUCUUCUCAGCCUGUUGGGGGAAGAAAGAGGAAAGUAGCUCUACUUUACAAUGCCUUCCUUUCUUAUGCAAAGAGUUUAUUUACUGAAGGCACACAGACAUCCAGCAAUAAAGCAUUCCAGUCUUCUCCUUGUUGUUCACAAAGAUCUUGUUCUGGAGAAAGGAAGAACAGUUUGUGUUAUUCUGGAGUGUAAGGGGACAUACAAUAUUGAAAACUCACUUAUAAGAGAUUAUUAAAGAAUAUUUGGGAGUUCUAAAAUGUAAAAUCCCCACCCCCCUCCACAUGUCUGAGAAGAAUGGGUUAGGUUGUUUUUUGCUUUCCCUAUAUUUUAAUGGUAAGAAAACUGCUGGAGAUUAUUAAAAGACCACGUUGCUGAAGAAGGAACCAUGCAGAAGAGCAUGAUGAGUGAAUGUCUUUGGAAAGUCUAGGAAUUAAUUUAGUUACAAAAUGAGGGAGGGAGGGAUUCCUAUAGAACUGGGUAGUCCUAUACUAUGAAAUCAUCUUGGUGCUUGGAUGUUCAAUAUUAUAUCUCGUUAUUUAAGACUGUGUUUUUAAACUUCAGUGGCAGCAUUUUUACAGACACCUCAGGGAUAGAAUGCUUCCCUCCUGAUCCCCCCACCCUUCCUUUCCAUCUGGUCUUCCAACAAGACACUGUAUGUUGUUAUAGGAGCUGUGUCAGUGAUGAGUAAACUGUUAGCCACCUCAAAAAGGUUGAAAGGAUAUGUGUUCGUGUGUUUGUGUUUGUGUACUGAGAAUGCUGCACAGUGAUGUGCCUUAUUAAUUACUGGUAUUAAAAUCCAAUUUUUUUACAGGCA